AUGUGGUCCUCAGAUAGCGUCAGAAAAUCGAACUCGCUCCAGAAAAUAGCUUUUGCUUUGAAAUCGAAGUGGUUCGUUUCCCCAUCAAAACAGCUCCAAAGCUCUAACCGGUUUCGGGCAAGAAAUCUCUACACGUUUACUAGCCAGCAGUAUCGCAGGAAUAUCAUCCAGGCUUUUGGUUCUCUGGCAAACACCACGGAUUACAAGACGGUGAUCAUAAACAGCAACAAGAAUGGCUCUACAGUUGACACAGUGUUUGGCCUCCUACAAUGCCGUGGAGACAUUUCUUCCAGCGACUGCAAUGCCUGCGCUUCGACUGCCAUCAACUCUCUCAAUGGAUCCUGCGUCAGAAAUUCUACAAAGGGGGGACGGGUGCAGGAAGAGACGUGUUUUCUACGCUACGAAGAUCACUACUUCUUUUCGAAUUACUCUGGAAUCGACUCGGCUCUGGUGAACUGCUCGUCCGGCAUCAGUAACUCCAGCCAGUACCGUUCGAACACAGACACCGGUUUUGCGUUUCUGAGAGACCGUAUUCCAGGUAGUGCUGGUGGCUUCAUGAUAGCUGUUGCUGGAACUUCUCCCGACAACAGCGCGUACGUUCUGGGACAAUGUGUUCGUGAUCUGAGCACUUCUGACUGCACGACCUGCUUGGAGAAAGCCAGAAGCUCAUUGUCCAGUACUUGGAAUGGCAGAGAUGGAGGAAGUUGCUACCUGGCUGAAUGCAAUAUGCAGUACGAGAGUUUCAAGUUUUUUGGUGGAGUUCCCGUCAACGCAAGCAGCAGUACCGCGGUUUCCACUUCCGGCGGAGGUGAUUGUUUUUCAUUCUUAUUUUACGUUCCCAUAUCGGAUGCUGAAAUCGUCCACUGCAAACUUCGACGAAAGCACAAGCUCGGUGAAGGUGGCUUUGGUGCUGUUUACAAGGGAUAUCUUCCAGAUGGAUCCGAAGUGGCGAUCAAAAAGCUCACCGUCACCUCCAAGCACGGUUAGCUUCAGUUUCUGAACGAAGUCAAGGCAAUCAGCAGCGUGCAGCAUCGGAACUUGGUAAAGCUGCUGGGAUGUUCUAUGGAAGGCACAGAAAGGCUUCUUGUCUAUGAGCUCCUCAAGAACAACAGUUUGGAAAACGCUUUGUUCGGUACGUUUGAUCAGAAGCCCCUGUCCUGGGAAACUCGCCAUAACAUUCUCUUGGGAACUGCUCGUGGUUUAGCAUAUCUCCAUGAAGACUCACAAAUACGAAUAGUACACAGGGACAUCAAACCGAGCAACAUUCUCCUGGAUGAGUUCUACGAGGCCAAGAUAGCCGACUUUGGAUUGGCAAGGCUGUUCGAAUCGUCCCAUCAGCUGGAGGUUCUAACCACCAAAGCUGCAGGAACAUAUGGCUACAUGGCGCCAGAGUACGCACUCAAUGGUCAGCUGAGCGACAAGAUCGAUGUUUACAGCUAUGGAAUCGUCAUUCUGAAAACCGUGAGUGGCAAAAGAAACCGAGACAGAUCACUGGUGGACGAGGUACUUGAAAAAAUUAGUGUUUGUAUUUAGAUUUGUAAGGCUCGCGGAAUUGUUUUCCAGGCAUGGCAGAUUCACG